AUGGCAUCGUCGGCUGGACAGCCUACUCAAGCGCUUCGCUGGCUCGUGCGCGUGCCGGACCACAACACGGCAGAGAGCAGCCAGAAGCGCAUGUCGCUGCAGGGCGAACACAAGGCCAGGCUGACCGAAUUCAAGCAGCAGAAUCCAGGAACCAUCCAAUACGGCGGGCCAACACUGGACGAAGAGACGCAGAAGCCAAACGGAAGCUUCUUCGUGAUGCGACACGGCCAAGGUGGUUUUGCAACUUCGAGCGACAUCAGGGCGUGGAUCGAGAAGGACGCCUACUGGAAAAAUGGAGUUUGGGCGGGCGUUCUGGAGAUUCAGCUCUACCAGGCCAAUACGAGGCCGAAAGCUGAAAAUGAUUUUUGA